AUGCGCCAAACUUCAACGACGACGAUCUUACUUUUUGUUCUUCUUUUUGGAAUCGUCAUUUCCCAAAAGAAGAAUCCAUGGAAUGCUGAAACGGCAGACCAGCGACUCGAUGAUGUGAUAAGUAACGAAUUCAAGGCUAGAGAUUCGAAUAAGGAUGGAAAAGUGACACCGAAAGAAAUUCGCGAGUAUUAUGAAAAACAUCCCAAUAAAAUGAGCAAAGAAGGAUUGGAAUUUAUUGACAGAAAUUUCAAUAAAAAUGGAGCAGCAGUUGAUUUGGAAGGUUAUCGGAAACUGAUAAAGGACUGGCUGACGGAGAAGGGAAGCGUCGAGAAGAUUCUCGUCGGAGUGUUUGGCAACAAAACGGACCACGUCCCAUCGACAAAUGUUUGGCGUAAAACGACAGUUGCACCAUGA